UUAACAGCCACCGCCAUUAUACGUGUUUUGUGUUUGUCAAUUCUUGUUUUGUGUAUCAUGUGUUGUUUUGUGUUUUCUUAUAAUGAAAUUAGGUGACAGAAACUGACACUUGGUUAAAAUGGAGGGUGUCAGGGUAACCCACCAAGGGCUGAAGGCUCACACGCCCGAAGGUUCAGCGGGUCGUAUCACGCAGGCCGGGCUGGCAGCCCGCAGUCCAGAAGGCACUGCUGCAAAGGCCAUGGCCAUAAAAGGCCAUGAAGAUCUAUGGGUUGAGAUCCAGGCAAACACAUUCCGAAAUUGGGUGAAUGAGACUUUAAAACCUGUGGAUAUUAAGGUGGUCGACCUGGUGGAAGAUUUGACAGAUGGGACGGUCCUCUGCGCCUUGGUGGAAGCACUCCAAGGUCGUAGGCUAAAGGGUUGGAGCAAGAACCCAACCAACCAGCACCAUCGAUUGGAAAAUUGUACAACCGCCUUACAAGCUAUUGAAGAUGACGGGGUCAAAUUGGUUAACAUAGGAAAUGUGGAUAUUGUCAAUGGAAAUCUAAAACUAAUCUUAGGAUUGAUCUGGUCCCUCAUCGUCCGAUACCAGAUUGGAAGAAGCAAAUUCCCACCGAGGAAGCUUAUGUUAUCUUGGCUCCAAUCGAGCCUACCGGAGUGCCGUGUCAGCAAUCUUACAACUGAUUGGAAUAGUGGGGUGCUACUUUCCGCAUUGCUUGACCAUUGCAAGCCGGGAAUCUUCCCACAUUGGAAGGAAUUGAAUCGUCACGAAGCAGUCGAAAACUGUCGGAGAGCCAUGAAACUGGCCCACCGCGAGUUACAAGUACCAAUGGUGUUGGAGCCGGAGUACCUGGCUUCACCCUGGCUGGACGAAUUGUCUGGUAUGACAUACCUGUCAUAUUUCAUGAAGCCAGAUUCUGCAGGAAUGAAAACCACCCUGGACUGGGUUAAUUCAAGAUUGGAGAGACCCAUAUCUAACUUUACGACGGACUGGAACGACGGUCGUGUUGCGAAUGAACUGGUGAGGUCCAUGGGAGGUCCUGCACCUCCGGCAAGUAAGCUCCGCAGAGAUCCAGCACGUUGGGAGGAGAACAACCAAAUGGCUAUUGAUGCCGCUAAAAAGCUUGGAGUUCAGCCAGUAUUAUCAGCGAAGGACAUGAGUCAAAGUGACGUGGAACACUUGGGUGUAAUGGCUUGGGCAACGCAAUUCCGCAAUAUUCCGCCGAGGCCUCCCGUCCAUGACAUGUUGCGGGUCGCACUCGAUUCCACUUCGGGGAGAGUGGGAGAACCUACAUUUAUAAAAGUCCAGAGCGUAUCAAAAGAACUGUCGAUGUCAGAUGUAAAGGUGUUAAUUGUGAAUCCACUUGAGCAAGAAUCCAGGUUGAAGCUAGAUUCAAGGGGCGCCGGGGAAUUUGUACCGGAGCACGCUGGCAUGCACGAAAUCGUUCUCGUUGUUGAUGAUAUGAGGGUGGAUGGGAGAUAUUUCUUCAGAGUACUGCCAAGAUUGGUGUCGGUUCCGCCUCCUGGUAUGGCACCUUGUGCUGCUGGGAGUCUGGUAGAAGUGUUGGUUAGCGCGACAGGUGCCCCACGGCGCCAAGAUAUUGACGUGACAGCUCAUUCGCCAAGUGGCAGAGCUGUUCCAUUGGAAGCCAGACACCCUCCAUCUUCAGCAGCUGGUACCACAGCAUCCAGCGCCACCUUCCAGCCCGAUGAAGCUGGCACAUGGACCAUUGCUAUUACGUACAAGGGCGAGCAUAUCCAGGGAGGGCCAUUCACAUGCGAAGUUUUCGACCCAGCGGGCGUUCGUCUCAGCCCCGGAGCGUUGGAUGGUGCCGAUGCCCUGAAGCCGCACUCCUUCGAAUUGGACACAAGUGGGUGCGGUGUCAAAGGUGACCUACAGCUCGACAUAGUGCACGACAAGCGAAGUGUUAUGUGUGCACUGGAGAAGUUAUCGCCGACCAAGUACAGGGCGACUUUCAUGCCGAAGGCUACAGGGAAGCAUAGGCUAUAUAUCUAUUUCAACGGAUACGAUGUUCACGGGUCACCGCAUGUCUUCCGUGUGGGUUCGAAGGCUAAGAGGUCGAGAGAUAGCGCCAGCCCCUCGCCAUAUGCCGGAAUGUCAAGCCCAGUUACACGCCUAAGAUCAGAAAGUCCGCAUAUAUAUGAAUCGAAUUCGAGCAAAUACGGCCGACGCGAUGACUAUAAAGACAGAGAGAAAUCAUUUGACGUCACCGAUACAUAUUCAAAGAUUAAUAAGGACAAAUCUGAAAGCCCUAUGUAUAGGACAGCUAGUCCUUUACGCAGAACGCCCAAUUACGAAGAACGUGACUAUUACACCACAAAAGACGCGACUGAUUCAUAUUCAAGAAUUAACAAAGAAUAUAAAACAGAUAAUAGGACAACUCCUAUACAUAGGUCAUCCAGUCCUAUACGUAGAACCCCGAAUUUUGAAGAACGUGACUAUUACAACACAAAAGACGCAACUGAUACAUAUUCAAGGAUUAAUAAAGAAUAUAAGACAGAUCAUCACAGGACAACUAGUCCCGUACAAAGUGCAUCCAGUCCUAUACGUAGAACCCCGAAUUUUGAAGAACGUGAUUAUAAUACAAAAGCUGCCACCGAUACAUAUUCAAGGAUUAAUAAAGAAUAUAAGACAGACAAUUACAGGACAAACAGUCCUAUACAUAGAACCCCGGAUAUUGAAGAACGUGACUAUUACAACACAAAAGACGCAACUGAUACAUAUUCAAGGAUUAAUAAAGAAAUUAAAACAGACAAUUACAGGACAAACAGUCCUAUACAUAGAACCCCGAAUAUUGAAGAACGCGACUAUUACAACACAAAAGACGCAACUGAUACAUAUUCAAGGAUUAAUAAAGAAUACAAAACAGAUCAUCACAGGACAUCCAGUCCUGUACAUAGGACAUCCAGUCCAAUUACGUCUAAAUAUUUGGGUUCUCGGCUCGAUAAUGCGCAUAGAGCGACUAGCCCGUUUGGAAGUUCGCUAACCAGAGAUAGCCCUUUGAAGCCUGCCAGUCCAAUUAAUCGUGUCAGCAGUCCCACUGAUCGAUAUAGCCCAGUGACGACAACUAAGAGGGUAGUUGAAAAACGUUCGAAUUACAAAAUGUACAGUUCGUACAGUGGAUCGCAAGACAACAUCGAUCACAGUCCUUUGUCAUCAUUGGAAAAUGAGCGAUCGAGGCGAUACGGCAGUCCAGGUGCUGACGGGAAUGAUGCGGAUCCAGGUGGAAAGAACUACGCUCAAAAGAACUCGUGGGAUUCUGUGGAAAGAACAAGACAGAUGCUCACUAAAAAUAGUUUGGACACAGACCGCCAUGGGCAGAAUACUAUAGAACGUGAAACACAACGAAACACUCAACUCAACAAGUUCAGCGAUUUGUCGCACGACGCGUUCAACCAACAGUUGGAUCGAUUGGCCGAUGAAAGGGAAUCAGAGACAUACACACAUAAAGAGUUUAAACGCGAAGUUCGCGAGAGCUCCUACGUGGUUCGCGACUCUUCCUUCAGCAGUAUGGAGGAGAAGAAAGAACAGCAGUCUUUUUUAUCCAAUAGGCCCCCCCGUGACCCUAACGGGGGGGCCAAUUCUGAGACGGGCGCAGCUCACGCUCGUUUCAGACAAAUUCACAGGGAUAAUAGAGGAGCCAAAGGAAUUGUAAUAAAACCAUCUUACAAAGGCAUUUUGGGACAGCCCGUUGAGUUUAUAGUGGACGCAAGCGGCGCAGGUCCUGGUCAACUGGAGCUUGAAGUAUCUGGCGGUAAUCGAUCCUUAGUGGCCAGCUCUGUCAGGUCCCUCGGUGGAAAUCGAUACAAUGCGGCAUUCACGCCGAGGGUACUCCGGCCGCAUAACGUACGGGUCACAUUUAACAACGAACAUGUACCAGGGUCUCCGUGGGAAGUCGACGUGAUGGCAGGACCGGUGGGGGGCGGGGGCGAGCCCACCCGGCUGAUCCCCGCACGGGUGCCGGCCGUUUUUGAAAUAUCUACCGCGCAUGGGGACAACACAUUUACUAAGAAUGAGGUUGGUGUAACUGUCACAGCUCCAUCGCGACGUCUGGUGACAUCUAGAGUUUUGGAUGUCGCAGAAAGACCUGGGGUUUUCAGAAUCGAGUUUACACCAGAUGAAGUUGGAACGCACCUAAUUGAUGUAUCAAUUGGUGAUGAAAAACUAGCCGCCGGUCCACUGAUUGCCAAAGUAUAUGACGCCAGCCUCAUCAAAGUGACCGACGUGGGAAACGCACUCGUUGGACAACAAAGCCAAUUUAGAGUCGAUGCAAGCGCUGCGGGUGAAGGGCAAUUAGAAAUUUCAAUCAACGAAGGGGAAGUCCCUAAUCAUGUACAAGUGGUGGGUGGAGGUCGUUGCCUUGUUUUUUGGAGGCCUGAAACACCGACGCCUCAUCGUGUUGACAUUAAAUUUAAUGGAGAGCCUGUGCCCUCCUCGCCUUUUGUAUUCCACGUGGCACCUGCGCAAAGAGUCACUAUUGAUACAACGCAAAUAGAACUUAUACCUGUUGGAGAACUGGUAUCAUGUUCAGUACGCGUGGAAGGCUCUGGAGGUGGAGAAUUAAAUGUUACGGUCAAAGGGCCAAGAGGCGAAGUCCCCGUUCGUCUUACUGGAGAUGUAGUCUCUGGUCUGGUGGCUAGUUUUACCGCCAAAAACGUCGGACCACAUACGCUUACUGCGCAUUAUAACAAUCAAGCAGUUCCUGGCACCCCAUUUAUAUGUAAAGCAUAUGAUAGCAAACUAGUAAGUGUGACAGGAGGAACAUUAGCCCGUAUGGGUGUGCCUGUACAGUUAGCAGUAGAUGCAGCCCAGGCUGGGGAAGGAAACCUAGAAAUUACUGUAGCUGCUAGAGGCCUUAACAUUCCAACUCAGGUGCAUCCACAGGGUAAUGCCAGAUUUACUGUCUCUUUUACGCCUACUGAAGCAUGUGAACAUGUUGUCAAUGUGUCAUUUAAUAAAAUGAGAGUGCCAGGUUGUCCUCUAGUCAUUGAUGUGUCUGAAGGUGGUGUGAGUGGUGCCAGAGUGACGAUACCAGGUCCAGUGCCCCUUCAUCAGCCAACAUUCCUUACCUUACAUCAUUCCACCGCUACUUUAGAACAAAUUGAAGUCAAUGUUGAAGGUCCAAAUGGGGCUUCGGUCCCCGCUGCGGUGUCAGCGGUUGGUGCUGGCACCUUUCGAGCGGAAUUCGUGCCGAGAGCUGUUGGCGAACAUCGCUUAAAUGUCCUUGUCGAUUCUCAACCGAUACCUGCCAGCCCGUUCCACCUGAAGGUGUAUGAUGUCACGGCCAUACGGGUCAAGGAUGUUGCUCAUGGUACUGUGGGGAAACCUGUCACAUUUUUAGUUGAAACAAUGGCCGCUGGGCCGGGAAAUCUGGAAGUCACCGUCAACGGUGGUAGGGUACCAACUGCUGCUGCAGCUCAAGGUGCCCACACAUACGCCAUCAGCUUCACCCCAAGGGAUCCGAGGCCACACACUGUAGAGUUGAGAUUUAAUGGCGAUCAUGUGCCUGGCAGCCCAUUCGUAUGUCACGUAUCAGCGCCGGCCCGCGUGAUAGGCGCUGGUUCGGGGGAAUCCCCGGACAAAGUGUCAGUGGGCGAUGCGUACACUUUCAGCGUGGACUCGCCCGCCUCGCCACAUGUGGAAGUACUUGGACCAGCUCGAAGACCGGUUCCAGUGCAGGUAUCGGCCGAUGAUACGAUAGGUGAAAACGAAGCGAGUAAACGAUACACCGUAUCGUUUGUACCAGUCGACGUUGGGGACCAUAGUAUCGAAGUGCGCGCAGGCGCUAUGGGCGGGCACGUAGAGGGAAGCCCGUUCCUAGUCAAAGCGUAUAGCGCUGCCCGGGUCUCCGUCACGGAUAUUUCUCCGGGCACCGUCGGUCGGCCUAUAUCCUUCACCAUCAACGCCUCCCACGCUGGUGCGGGUAAUUUGGAAAUAAUUGUUGCUGUGGCCGGAAGGAAUGUGCCGAACUUUGUGCAGAGCGAAGGAAACGCGAGGUUUAAGGUGAAUUUCAAACCGACGGAGGCAGCUCCCCACACGUUGUCCGUCCGUUUCAACGGACACGCCGUACCCGGUUCGCCGUUUACGUGCGUCGUGUCCGCGCCCGCGAACGCGCCAGAUGCGCGCGCGUCUGGCCCGGGCCUCACCUCAGCCGCUAGGGGAGAAAACACCGAGAUUAGUUUGACUGGAUUCCAUUCAUGCGAGCCAACAGUAUCCCUAACUGGUCCUGGGGGUGCGAACGUACGUACGCACGUAAAUCCCAUGGGAGAAGGUCGUUACACGUGCACGUAUACGCCCGAGGUGGUCGGACGUCACAGCGUGCACGUGCAAUGUGGGGGUAGGCAUGUACCGGGAUCACCGUUCGUCUGCAAUGUUUACGAUGUGCGACGGGUUCGUGUUACUGGAUUGGGGCCUGGAGAACUAGAAGGAACCCUGGAAGGCCUGAAUCUAGAUGAGAGUGGGGAGGAAGAACGCGGCGUUGAAGUUGGCAAACCUGUUACCUUCAGUGUUGAUGCUGCGGGGGCUGGUGAAGGCACUCUUGAACUGGUGGUGUCUACGCCUUCCACCACUGUUAAGGCAGAGGUGGUAGCUGUCGCUCGUGGCCUUUACGACGUGACAUUCGUGCCGGUGUCACGUGAACCGCAUAGAGUCUCCGUGACAUUCAACGAACAAGCCGUCCCUGGAAGCCCUUUUAUAUGCAGAGUCAACGAACCUCACACAUAUGUGCAAAUAGGUACCACAGCUACAAUAGAAAUAGACGAAAACCUCACAGAUGUAGAAGUUCUGUCGCCGACGGGCACCAGGGUAGCAGACGUUUUUGAAGAUGAGGGAAUCGUAACAUUCCCCGUGUCUCGAAUCGGGAGAUACGUCAUCCGAAGUCCUCGGGGAUCCGUCGCUGAGGUGGAAGCCCUGGACCCUUCAGCAGUUAAGGUUCUAUCUAUUGGAGAGGCUCUAGCGCAUCGUCCAGCUAUUGUUACUGUUAGCACAAGCAGUGCUGGUAGCGGGCGUCUUUCAGCUCGUGUGACCAGCUGUGGGCGAACAGUCCCACAUUCGGUGAGGAGGAGGGGCGGUUCCAGGACGGAGCUGGUGUGGCAUCCGGCCAGGGCGGCCCCUCAUAGGAUCACCUUAUUGUGGAGUGGGAUACCAAUUUCGAGGGAGGCUUUGGUGGUGGAUGUGAUGCCUGGUCAUCAUGGACAGGAGGUAUCGGCAUCUGGUCUUGGCCUGUACCAAGGUCAGGUCAGCCGAGUCUCGUCGUUCAGUAUCGACACUUUGGGUCGCGCUGCUCGCGAGUUCGAUGUCGUGGUAUCGGGGCCUGGGUCCAGGGCUUUGCCCGUUCGCUGUUACCAAACCAAAUCUGGAUUGCUUCAGGCCGAAUUCACCAUAACCGAAGUCGGGCAGAGUACUAUAGAGGUACUGCAUCUAUCGAAGCCGAUCACAGGCAGCCCGUACACUUGCGAAUCCUUCGAUCCCAACAAAGUCGUAUUAUCUGGAUUGCCAACUGGAAAUUUGAUCGCCCACACGCCCAUUAAUUUUACUGUGGACACAAAAGACGCGGGCGUCGGUGAAUUAGACGUGCUCUGUGAAGCGAUGGGCAAGGGGCGCGUACGCCUACCCGUUGAUAUAAGGGAAGAUGGGACUUUGUACAAAGUGCGACUGAGGCCAACGAUGCCUGCUCAUUACAGGAUAUAUGUCACAUAUGGAGGUGCAAGUGUCCCCGGAAGCCCAAUGUCCCUUGGGGUUCUAAGCUCCCGCGCAAGUAUAGCGGCCAAAUGUUCCGGAACGGGACUUGCCCAUGCGCACGUUGGCAAGGAAGCGGCCUUUACCAUACACUGUGUGGAUGAUACGCCACCCACUGUUCAGGUGGAAAGACUAGAAGGUAAGGAAGAUGAGAGUGACUCUGGGUUGCUAGAAUGCAGGGUCACGGCGGGUGCCCCUCGCGAGUGGCUCUGCGCGUACAUACCCCUCGUGGUCGGACAGUAUGAAGUUAGAAUAUUCCUGCCAUCUGGACCUUUGCCUGGAAGCCCCUUUUCAGUUAAGGUCAUAGACACAUCGGCAAUUGUGGCUGUGGGUGGGUGGGGAACAGACAACUCGGGAAGGGUUAGAGCUCCCUCAAAACUGGUGUUGGACACAAGUAACGCGGGACCUGGAACCCUCGAAUGCUUGUUGGCUGGAAGACAUCAACGCGUAGAAACUGUGUCUGGUCGGGCUGUGGUCACGCUAACAGCACCUGAGGGUGUCAGUGGAGAACAGGAGUUGGAGCUAACGUAUAACGGGGCGUUAGUCUCCGGAGCUCCAAGGAGGGCGUUAGUUGCUUCUGGGAACACGGCGGAUAGAGUAACUUUGGCGGGACGAGGAUUGGCUCAUGCGGCUCCCCACACACCCGCCGUUUUUACUAUUGAUGGCAGUGCAGCAGGGCUUGGCGCUCCAGAAGCGUCACUAAACUCCCCAGACGGGGAAUCGGUGCCCGUGGCGUUGACAGCUGCAGGUCCAGGUCUCUGGAGGGCCACGUACACACCAAGAAGAGCUGGUGAUCACCAUUUGAGGGUUCUAUGGGCUGGACGACUUGUUAAAGGUUGCCCCCUAACUGUAAAAGUAAGCGCUGGUUCCGAAAGUGGAGAUGCCUCCAAGGUGGUCUGUUCCGGGGCAGGAUUGACAGGAGGAGUUGUUGGUAGAGAUAUUCGAUCCUGGAUAGACACGCGUCGAGCCGGCCCUGGCGAGCUCACAGCGCAUUGUACUGGCCCUAAUAAGGUGGCAUACUGCGAGCUCUACGAACACGGCGACGGUACGUUCACGUUGAACGUGAAGCCGGCCGAAGCGGGCAAACACGUGCUAAGCGUACAGUUCGCCGGCGAACACGUGCCCGGCUCGCCCUUCACCCUCAAAGUGGCCGGAGCUCCAGAUCCCUCAAAGGUCCGCGUUUACGGCCCGGGCGUUGAAGCGGGUGUGUUAGCGACUUUUCAAUCUAGGUUUAUUUGCGACACUCGCGGGGCAGGCGCAGGCCAACUGACCGUCAGAGUUAGAGGCCCCAAAGGCGCGUUUCGCGUUGAGAUGCAAAGGGAAAAUCAGAAGGACCGGACUAUAUUGUGCAAGUUUUCUCCCACCGAACCUGGUGACUACCGCGUGGAAGUCCGUUGGGCGGGCCGCCAUGUCCCCGGCUCCCCAUUCCCCGUCAUGAUAUUCGAUACUCAGGAGGAAUUACGCAGAUAUCUGCAGGCCACCGCUGCCUAAGCACUCGUUAUAACAUCAUAAUCAUUCUAAAAAUUGUAUUUGAUAGAAAUUUUGUAAAAAUCUCAUUUUUUUAGAAGGUAUUUAUAUGAUUAUUUAGAAUUGGGAGGAAAACAAAUCUCUAUGGUCAAAGGCUUGAGUCAAAUAGUUUUGUAAAAAUGAUUGAAAUUAAAGUAUUCUAAAAAUCCCGAGAAUAAUAAAAUUAAUGUCUAUAAGUGUAUCAAUAAUGCUGUAAGAUUGCGGUUCGCUUGCGGUUCUCUUGCGGUACUCUUGCGGUGCAUACAUUCCGUCCGUCAUAAUAUGGACCAAAAUUAUGUAUGGAAAAUAAAUUAUAAUAAAUCACGUGUUAACAUUAUUUUUAGAAUAUAUGCCAUAAUUAUAUUUUGAGAUAUAGCGAGGAAUUUAAAAUUAUUUCUCCAAAAAAAUAUUAUUUCGUCUUAUUUUUCGAAAUUAAACGGCCAGUAUCAUUGUACGAUAUAAAAAAACUUGACACAAAGCAAUGAAUUUUCAUAUAGUUUUCUGUGCAAUUGAUAUAUCCAUAUCCCAAGCAAAAAUAUUAUUAUCUAAAUUAUAUUUGUAUAUAAUGUCUAUUGGUAUCCUCGCUGUAUGUAAUUAAAAGUACAUUAAAUAUUGUUAAUAUUUAUUUAUAUAGUUUCGUAACUAACUGUUUUCUUUGUUAUUUAGAAAUAUAAGACUUAAAUUACACUAAGGGAUUUAUUAAAUGCAUCUUAAAACUAAAAAAAUCGCUUUUUUUUAAAGAAUUGCGUUUUUGAACUUCAGAGUAAUUUAAAUCUUAUCUUCUAAUUCGUAUCAUGGGUUACUAAUUGUUAACAAAUACAUACAAAAUUUAAACGG